CGAAGAGACUGCUGUGCUGACUGUGCUGGUGAGUGACGACUAAAAGAAUCUUGGAGUCUGCCUUCUACGUCCUAAAAAACGUUACGGCCAAGGCUGAUCUGCUGUUCAACUGUUCCUCCGACUGCACAUCUGAAGUAGAGUGACCAUCAGUUAAAGUUGUGAAAUGGCUGCCACGGUGAAGCUUAGAAUCAUUCUAGGCGAAGAAAAUUCACAGAGAUUGAUUCUUCAAGACUUACCACAGUCUCUCAGUGAACUCGCACAACAUAUUAAGACUCAGUGUGGAAUAGAGGGGGACUUCAGAUUACAAUUCUUGGAUCCUGAUUUUAACGAAUUUAACAAUUUGACCUCCAUCUUUGAUGUCCUGGACAAAACCACCAUCAAAGUGAUCUUUAAUUCCUUGCCCUGCUCUGCCUUAGCUGAGAGCCCACCACUUCCCUUUUCAUCUGCCCCCCCACCAAACUCUCCACAGGACACCUCGUCCAUUUCCUCUGCCAUUUCCUCUGCCUCCUAUGACACAGACAUAUUGUCUUCUCCUGAGUCCACCCCAAGAGUGUCUUCAUGGCCGCUGGUUUUCACAGUGCCCCGUUUUUCAUUUGAUGCAGAGUUACAGUUGGGGCGGGCCAAUGCUGCUUUCAAAGACACAGGUGUGUUGCUGGAGCCCGAAACAAAACUCAAGUCUUCCAUUCUUGAUGGCUUGAUUGAAACAAUUCUGCAGUUCAAGAUUUACCUCACUGAUGCUGAGUGUGCAGAUGUAGCCGAAGCUCUUGUGUCUGCACACCCUUGUCUGAGAGAGCCAGGCUCAGUCAAUGGAUAUGAUGGCUGGAAGAAAAGCUUGAAGGAUAAAUUGGGAAAUUACAGAAACAAGCUGAGACGCCUUGGAUGCCCCGAAGUUUCAGUGAAUGCCUUGACAAAUAAACCUGGUGACCGAUGCAGCCCUGCCUACGCUGUGAAAAAGCCAAAAAAAGCGGAAGUUAACUACUGCCCAGCUUAUCCAGGAGGUGAAUCAAAGGAGACCCAGGAAUUGAAACGCGUAAUGCUCUUAACAGAAAUGGAGAAAAGAAAUAAUGAGGAUCAGGUGUCAUUGCUGAUGGAUCAGACUUUUGCCCACCGACGUCAAGAGGUUGUCAGAGAUGCACCCAUGGUAGCUGAAUUCAAGGCGAGGUGGCCAGCACUCUUCAAUGUGCGUGAGCUGUGUGUGGAAUUCAAAAGAAUCACCAUAGUCAACUUGCAAUCAAAGUUUUUCUCCCAGCUGGAUGCUCAAUCUGCAAAUCUGAUGAAGGCAUUUAGCAGGAAAGGAGGUACCCUGGGAAGACGGCUGAAGCGCAUCGUAGUACCUAUGACUGAGGAUUCUGGCAUUGAUGUCCGUCGCGAAUGUGUUCUCAAGGGACUUUGUGUCUACAUGAAUGAAGACCCCGAGAGCUUUGUGAAGGAAUACAUGUCAGAUGAUGCCAGUAGUCACACGGCCAUGGCAGAGACCAUCUACGGCAUCUACGUCAUUCGACACGAGGGUGCAGAGCCUGGCGAUGCCCCAGAGGACGUUGGCAUCAUUCUUGAGGGUGUCACUGUGCUACAGGAGCUGCGUAACGUACCAUUUGCCUUUGCCAUCUUCAUUGCUCUUGUCUAUGCUCUUAACUUGUGUUACCCAUCAGAGCAUAGGUACACGUUUGAAGCCCUCCAGAAGUUAGUUCUGGAGCUUGAUGGGAACAAGCUCUCCAAGAAAGUUCAAGCUCUGAAAACAAUUCUUGCUCGUUAA